AUGCGUUUACUGCAGCGCCUGCCGGGGUCCAGCGACUUCAGCCUUGUUGAGAGAUUCGGCGAAGAGAUUCCACCUUAUGCUAUUCUGUCGCACACUUGGGGGUCGGACGAAGAUGAAGUCACGUUUUCAGGACUACGAGAUACCCUAGUCAAAAAAAAGGCAGGAUAUAGCAAGCUUUCAUUCUGUUCUCAUCAAGCUGCUCAGGACGAGUUGGACUUCUUCUGGGUCGACACAUGUUGCAUUGACAAGAGUAGUAGUGCCGAACUGUCUGAGGCGAUCAACUCUAUGUUCAAGUGGUAUCAGAAGGCAGCGAAGUGCUAUGUUCUUCUGACGGAUGUAUUGAUCGAUUUACCCGCCAGAGACGUCUCUCAGCAACAUUGGGCGCAAAUAUUCCAGAAGAGCAGAUGGUUCCAGCGCGGAUGGACAUUGCAAGAGCUACUUGCACCGAGAGUUGUCGAAUUCUUCUCAAAGGCUGGGACACGGUUAGGAGACAGAACAACACUGCUACAGGCUCUCCACAGCAGAACCCAAAUACCCAUCUUAGCACUUCAGGGCGCCCCGCUGCUACAAUUCAGCAUCGCCGAGCGUAUGUCGUGGUUCAAAGGACGUCGAACGAAAAGAGAAGAAGAUGAGGCAUACUGUCUUCUAGGAUUGCUUGGCGUUUUCAUGCCGUCAAUAUACGGCGAGGGACGGCAAUCGGCGCUGGCACGGUUGCAAAGAGAAGCUCGUGCAAGUCAGCAAACGAUGCCUCUGGACUCUUUGCAUCAUGUAGGUCAAGUUGAGAGAAGCGACAGCAACCAGACAUCCCUGUCAAAGUUUGUUGGAGAGAUCCCCGUUCGAAACAUCGCCCUCAGUCCGUUCGAUAAAUCGGUUGUCCUCAAUGAUCCAGACGUUCUGCAUCGUAUGGCGACAGCGAUAGAGAAUCUAUACGGCUUAUUUCCCGCAUCACGAAUCACAAACAUUGCUCAAGGACUCUCGAGUAGUAGCUCGUUCACGCUUCAUCCUACGAGUCAUAGCACGCAGCUUGAACAAACCAUUUCGACAAUCUCUCCGCCAAAAGUACGUCUUAAAAGAAGCGGCUCCAAACCCGAACUAUCAGUGCCAGACAGUCGUUGA